GCAGUUUUUUGACAGCUACUGUAGGAACCAGCGCCACUCUCCUACCGCGGCUUCACCUCAAUUGAUGCGGCUUCACCGUAAACGCGACAGUGUUCAGAGAUAAUAUAAAAAUUUAACUUUUUCAUCAUUCUUACCUGUCACUGUAGGCGAACAGUGACAUAGCUCCAGACAUUAAGGACAGCGCGCACUGCAGUUUCUCCUCUGCUCAUCGAUAUAAACCUGACAAUAAUAAUAAUAAUAAUAAUAAUAAACAAUGACAGAAGGCGGGAAUCACGUGCCAGAAGAAGGUGAUACAACGGGUAAGGAUGAGGUGCCCGCGGAGGAGAAGAAGGAGAACGGGGACAGCAGAGUGGCCGUGCCGGAGCAAGCCACGGCUCCCGGGACGGAGCAGGUCGAGUUUGUGCACCCCGAGGGCGGCUGGGGCUGGAUAGUCAUGCUAGCCGCCAUGUGGUGUAACGGCUCGGUGUUCGGGAUCCAGAACGCCUUCGGUAUUCUCUUCAUCUCCCUCCUCCGGGAGUUCGGCUCCGAGGAGGACGACGACCUCCGCUUCAAGACAGCAUGGGUGGGCUCCCUCUCCAUGGGGAUGAUCUUCUUCUGCUCCCCCAUCGUCAGCGUCUUUACCGACAUCUUCGGCUGUAGAGUUACGGCGGUGGGCGGCGCUGCUGUCGGCAUGGUCGGCCUGCUGGCCAGCUCCUUUGUCACGUCCCUGGGCCCCAUGUACUUCACCUACGGCAUUGUGUUCGCCUGCGGCUGCUCUUUCGCCUACCAGCCCAGCUUGGUCAUCCUGGGCCACUACUUCAAGAAGCGCCUGGGUCUGGUGAACGGCAUUGUGACAGCCGGCAGCAGUGCCUUCACCAUCACCUUGCCCUUCGCACUGUCGCACCUGCUGGAAAAAGUGGGCCUCCAGAACACCAUGCGCAUCCUCUGCAUCCUCAUGUUCGUGCUGAUGCUGGCAGGCCUCACCUACAAGCCCCUGCUGCCGGCCAAGUCCAACCAGACCCGCACAGGCCGCCGGUGCCCACCUUUGAGCCAGAUCUUCAACCUCAAUAUCUGGAAGUCCAUGGGAUAUCGCAUUUGGGCCUUCGGCAUCCCUGCAGCCCUCUAUGGCUACUUUGUGCCUUAUGUUCACCUGAUGAAGCACGUGGAGGAGCGCUUCGGACCGGAGGCCAGCAAAGAAGUCCUGCUCAUGUGCAUCGGCAUCACGUCUGGCGUGGGCCGCCUCAUCUUCGGCAGGGCGGCGGACUACAUUAAUGGAGUCAACAAAGUCUACCUGCAGGUGACCUCCUUCUUCGUUAUCGGCGUCAUGUCCAUGAUGAUCCCUCUGUGCCACGUCUUCGGCGGGCUGAUCGCUGUGUGCCUGCUGAUGGGGCUGUUCGACGGCUGCUUCAUCUGCAUCAUGGCCCCCAUCGCCUUCGAGCUGGUCGGGCCCGACGACGUUUCCCAGGCCAUCGGCUUCCUGCUGGGCCUGAUGUCCGUGCCCAUGACCGUGGGACCUCCCAUUGCAGGUUUCCUCAGAGACCGACUGGGUAGCUACAACGAGGCCUUCUACCUGGCGGGCAUCCCCCCGAUCUUUGGAGGAGCCGUGCUGUGCCUGAUACCCUGGGUGGAGGCCCGGCGCAAGAGGAGGGAGAAAGAGGAGGCCCUGAACAGGGAGCAGGAUGUCACAGAGAAGAUGAUCGAGCACGAGAAGGCUCAGGAAGCCGCUCAGAGCAAAACCGGAGAGUCUAUCUUCUAAGCUGAGAGGGAGAGAGAGAGACUGUCAGACUGAGACUGCUGAGGACCGAGAUACAGUAUGAGGAAGAUUGUAAAUACUGCCUUCGGGAGGAGAGCGUGCCAAAGUGAUGAAACAUAUCAGAGAGUUGAAGUCCAGCUUAACGUGAAUGUGACCCGGAAGAACUAUGCAUUAUAUUGUUUGACUGUACUAAUCUUACAACAGUCAAACUUGAGGUUUUAAAUGGAAUUUGAUUGCUGUUUAGGUUUUUUUUUCAUCACAAGGGAAAGAAGACACGCUGUGCUGACUAUAAAUGUAGUGUAGAAAGCUACUGAUGCAGAUCUUUUAGCCAGUGUCUGUGUGAAACACUUGUGGAUGGCGUUUCUUAAGGGAAUGGAUUCUUUACAGUCGGUUUUAACACCACCCGUUGUUUUUAGAUGUAGAAAUGUGGCAUAACAAAGAACACAUAUUGGAUCAUUCAAGCCAGGAACCCAACUUGUCGGUGCAAAUCAAACUGGUCUGCUAAAGAUUUCUCCUUCAACCCGCAAUCUUUAUUUUCGCAUAAAGCCAAAUAUGUUAAUACCAUCUGGGGGGGGGGGGGUAAUCUGUUCAUAGUAUUUUAAAUAAUAAACUAUUUAAAAAAGAGAAAAAGGAAAGGGACAUCCAGAGAGCUCUGGGAUCGUCUGAGCCUUGAAGAGCCCGAGCACUGCUCGGGCUCUUCAAGGGAAGCCGCUUCAUGAGUUUACGCAUCACCUCAAGAGGAGAUCUUGUCCACCUUCUGGAUUCAGGCAGUCUCUCCUCAUUCUACAGUGGGAUGCUCGAGGCAAUCGACAGCACGUUAGUUCUGUAGCUCUGUGUGCGCCACUUAAGCACAUAAACUGACCUUGAGGAGACACCUGCAAUUAUUACGUCACAUUGAGGUCCCCAUGUGUGCGGGACUCAAAUCUACAUUCAAGGCCUUAAUUAAUUCACUUAAUAUUAAGCUUCCAAGUUGUAUAUUCCUACAUAAAGUUGUAGCCCACAUCUAAUUAUUAUUAUUAGCUAAUACAAACACAAUACACAGGAGGGGCCCCGGGGCCCCAUAGAGGGUUAAUCGGGCCCUGAUUGUACUGUGAUUGAUUCCCGCAAAGUGGCUGCUUGUAAUCGAACCGUGUGUCUGAAACCUGGUCAGUGUUUCACCGUAACAUCUUCAUUUUUGGGAAACGUAUUCGCCUUCUUGCCACCAAGACUGUAAACAGAUGGACGGGCUCUGUCCCAAAGGUGACAUCAUUUCAACUUCCAGCCCCUCUAGAGCUCGCCCAUUAUAUGCUUGAUCUCAUUCGUAUCAUCUGUACAAAAGAAAAAUAAUUUAAAAACAAUAAGUUGUAUCGUUUUUCCAUCAGAAAUUUGUAUCCGUGUUCAGCAAACGUAGGAAAUACAGAAUACAGGCAAAGUACUGCAAAAGUCAAGAGCAGAAAAACAUGAAAAAGUACUGGAAAUGUACAAUAUAACUAUUUUAGUAUAUGGGUACAGGAUGGGCACAAAUACGGAUCAGUGGGAUGUGAAUGAAUUUCCCAAAAUGUAAAAUUGUCCCUGUAACAUAAAAACUCUUUAAAGUAGGACGAGCGUUCAGUGAGGAACUGUAAUACUGAAACACGAGGAACAUA